GUUAGUAGUGAGAACUAGUGAACUAAAAUGAGGUACACCCCACCCAUUUCUUAUGACGCCGAUCACAAAAUCUGGAGUGGAGAUCAUGUGAAGAAUUAUUUUGACCCUCAUUUGUCCAUCGGGCAAAUUAUUUUUGAAGAAAUGCGUCGGCAUCCACAGCUUAUCGCUCAGAUCUCGGCCACGGAAAACACGAUUCUGACCAGACGGGAACUUCAUGCCAACUCGAUGCGAGUGGCCAGCUAUAUGCGAUCCUUGGGACUCCUUCAAUCCGAUGUGGUGGGCAUUAUAGGCAGAAAUACCACCCACAUGUUAGCCGUUGCCUACGCCUGCUUUUUUAACGGAAUUGCCUUCCACUCGCUCAACAUCACUUACGACCAGAAAACCAUCGAGAAAAUCUACAACAUCACGAAACCAAAGGUAAUUUUUUGUGAUGGCGAUGAGUUCGAGAAGGUUCGAGCUGCCACUUCUGAACUUGAUGUGAAAAUAGUCACAAUGCGUAAUCAUCCGUUGGAUUCCAUUCGGAUUGAUGAGGUGCUGGCCACUCCUAUUGAGGAGAACUUUCAGCCAGCUCGACUGGAACAAGGAAACGAUCAAAAUCUGGCUAUUCUGUGCUCGUCGGGUACAACUGGAACUCCCAAGGCGGUUACCAUUACCAAUAGUCGGCAGAUCCUCGCAUCUAAUCUCCACUUGACCACCGCUGAUGUCCAAUACUCCCAUAACACGUUAGACUGGAUCACAGGUCUGCUUACCACUAUAACCUCUGGAGUAUUCAGCACAACCCGGAUUAUCGCAGAUAACCCUUUCGAUCCCGCCUUUGCACUGCGAGUUAUUAAGGAAUACAAGGUUACCUGGGUCAUCCAACCACCUUCUGCCAUGGCCUUGAUGAUCAACUCCCCGGGGUUUGAGUGCUCCGAUUUGUCAAGUAUUCAGUGCUACCAUUUCGGAGGAUCUCGGGCCUCUAUCGAGGUGCAGCAGAGCAUCCGGAAUAAACUGAGCACGGAUUGUCUGCACUACGGCUAUGGGUUCACAGAGCUCGGUGCUUUUGCCUCAACAAACAUGCAUUUUGACGUGAAACCCGGAUCGGUGGGCCGGCCGGUUGAUGGUCUCAGACUGAAGAUAGUUAACGGUAAAGGUGAAUCCCUAGGACCAGAGGAACUGGGCGAGGUGUGCAUACAAAACAACCAGUUUUGGGCAGGAUACUAUGGAAACGAAGGCGAAACCCGUCUAAUCCGCGAUUCAGAGCGAUGGUAUCACUCCGGGGAUCUAGGGUACAUGGACCAAGACGGGUUCCUAUAUAUCGUGGACCGCAAAAAGGAGAUGCUGAAGUACCAGAACAUCAUGUACUACCCCAACGACAUCGAGAGCGUCAUCUCCGAGAUGCCGGAAGUGCUGGAGGUCUGCGUCUUCGGGAUUUCCAGUGACAUCUAUGGAGACGAGGCCGCUGCCGCUGUGGUUAAGAAGCUGGGAAGCAAUCUCGAGGCUCAAGAUGUUAUAGACUAUGUGAGCAGCAGGACGGAUUCCAAGUACAAGCAGUUGAACGGAGGAGCAAUCAUUGUGGAGGAUCUAAAGCAGGGUGCCAAUGGAAAGACAAAUCGGAUGGCCAAUAAGGCGUAUUUUUUGGAGGCCAGAGACAGGAGCUAAAGGUUUAUUUAGUAUAUGUAAUGCCUAAGAGAGCUGAAUAAAUUAGUUUUUCUUUUAAACUCUUAA